AUGGACGUUCACGAUGUUUCUUCCGUUCCGCAGUAUUUGCAGGUGCUGCAGGGACACAGGAGAACUCUUCAAAACGCCCAGUCCAAAAAGGGCCAGCGCCCCAGGGCAAUGAAGUCCAGAGAGGAGAUCUUGGGGCAAUUUCUGUAUCGGCAGAUGAUGAAUAAAACACCAGCCGGCAACCAUAUCCGCUCAGCUUUUGUUCCCCCAGUCUACCCUCCGAGUGUCUCUCCGUUAAGCGACCUCAAAAAGAUCAUGAUCAAAGACCUCACACUCGAAACCCAUCAUCGCGGGUCUUUUAUUUUGUUGAGAGCAUUGUCUACGCCGGAUGUCAUGACUGCGAUCAUGCUCAUCGUGGAGGAUGAAGAGAAUCGUGUUCUCAUGUUGCAGCUGUACCAUCAAGGGGAAGAGCUUGCUACGAAGUAUCUGACACAAGGGAGCGUGAUGAUAGUGAAAGAGCCUUAUUUAAAGGUCAUGGCAGAUGGGGACAAUGGAAUCCGAGUUGAUCAACUCUCCGAUGUUAGGUUCAUCCCGCCAUAUGAUGACCUCGUUCCACUUUCUUGGAGAGAGCGGGUCACCGAGGAUGAUACCACUGCCAACGACUGGAAAAUGGCAGGGAAUGACUUUUUCAACAAAGGUCAUCAUCUUCAAGCUAUUGAAAGUUACUCUAAAGCGCUGGAGUGCGUGCCAACAGCUGAGGAAACUCUCACCAUCAAACUAAACCGGGCUCUUGCUUUCCUUAAGCGCCACCAAUUGAACGCGGCUCUCCACGAUCUAGACGGGCUAUCUUCGGAAUUUAGUCUUUUUCAAAAGGUCCUUUUCCGAAAAUCCGAGGCUCUCUAUCAACUCCAGAGGUUUCGAGAAUGCUGUGACGUUUCUACUACGCUUGUGAAACAAUACCCAGAUAAUAAAUCUGCCAACGACGUGCUUACUAAGGCUAUUACACGUCUUCUAGAGCAGCAACGGGGCAAGUAUCAAUUCAAACAAUUGCAGCGCGAAGCGGCAACGGAUCGUCCACCACACCUUGAUCACGCCACCUAUGUUGGUCCUGUAUCUGUGAGGCCUACCGAGGCUCAUGGGCGAGGUCUAUUUACAACGGAAGCAGUGAAGGCUGGGGAUCUUCUGUUCUGUGAGAAGGCUUUUGCAUAUGUCUAUCAUGAUGCGGAUAAUCCCACUCAGGGCCUCUCUCUUCUGAUGAACGCGGAACAAAGCACCAUUAUAAUGGGCACCCACGCAGACCUUCUUUCAUUGAUCAUUCAAAAGCUUUAUCAGACGCCGUCUCUUAUAUCAACAGUGACGGAUCUCUACCAUGGCUCAUACAAACCCGUGGACAUCUCAGAAGUAGAUGGCACACCAAUCGUUGAUACUUUCUUGAUCGAACGCAUCAUGGCCUUAAAUGGUUUUGGCUGUCCCCUAUCCUCUUACGGGUCCCAUAGAAAGUUCUUGUUCCGGGAAAGAAUGGUCGAAAAUGCCAAGAAAUUUGAUUCGUGUGGCCUUUGGCCUUUGGCAUCCUCCAUCAACCAUUCCUGCUAUAGCAAUGUGCGACGCUCUUUUAUCGGAGACAUGAUGAUUGUUCGAGCCACACAGGACCUUGCACCAAACACAGAACUCAACUUUUGGUAUAAGUCACCUCAGGACAGCGAGCGAGACAGCUAUUCAAAGGGCAGGAAAGCGGAUCUGCCCCAUUGGGGCUUUCAAUGUAGCUGUGUCAUAUGCCAAGAUGCUCUCAACACCCCUUCAAAAGUGCUGCAAAAGAGGGAAAAGCUCAUGGCCGAGUUGCGUCAGGUUUCCUCGUCUCAAAACAGGAACUUGGUUCGAUUCGAGACUAUACUGUCGAAAAUUGCGGAGACCUACAGCCAGCCGCCAUCUAGAGUUCCUUGCUUUAGUCUGUGGGAUCCGUAUUUGUCUCUUGCACUGACGUAUUCUACCCAGGAUCAACCGCAAAAGGUUAUUGUCUUUGGAUUGAAAGCUUUGGAGUCGCUCGGCUAUAUUGUUGAGGGUGGCCAUAUUCCAAUUACUCAAGGCAUGACACUAGUUGUGAAGAAAUGGGGCCUGGCAGUGGACAGUCUCGUGCCAUGCUGGAUGACUUUGGCCAAUGCAUACCGCAAGGUAGCCCCUGACCUGGAAGAUCAAGCAAAGUGCUAUGCUAAAAUCACCUACCGAAUCUGUGUCGGUGAGGACGAAACUUUUAAUGAAAUUUACGGCCCAGGUUCGCAGUUACCACGAGGUUGA